GAUCAUUCUGAAAUGAGGCUAAAUGUAGAAAAUGUUGGUUUCUGUGUACUGAUCUUGAACCCACAUGAUAUCACAUGGUCAAAAACAAAUGCAAACAGUUUUACUGAUCAUUCUGAAAUGAGGCUAAAUAAAACUGUUGGUUUCUGUAUACCAAUCUUGAACCCACAUGAUAUCACAUGGUCAAAAACAAAUGCAAACAGUUUUACCGAUCAUUCUGAAAUGAGGCUAAAUGUAGUCAAAAAUGAAUGCAAACAACUUUACCACGCAGGAGGAUCAUCAUUAAAUAAUGUGUUCAAUGUUUAA